CUAGAAUUGACUGGUCCGUCGGGAGCCAUGCCAGGAGUAUUCUUGACAUAACUUAUAGAAUGCAUACAUAGGGCUCGUCUCACUUGACAAUCAAAGUCGCAUACCCAUCAGCCGCCGAUGAGACACGAGGACCUCGACAACAGCAUUGCGGAGAAGCUCGGCCAUAUCGGACGCAUUAUAGGGUUUCUUUUUUGUGUGUGAUUAUCGACCGCUCCUCAAAACAUAACAAUUAUCACAAUCACAUUGUCCGCCAUCCCGGGUUUAACUAGGCAAUAGCGCUUGUUGUUUAUAGCUGGGAAAGUGACUGGCAAACGGAGAUGCAUACAAAGAAAAGCGACUUGACCCGCUGAGUUCGGGCAGCAACAGGCCAAACAGAGCCGACCGAUGAUCUGCCGCCAUCCCACGCCGACUGCGUUUCUCCAUCUGUGUGUGUCGUCCAGUUUUAUCGAUGCCGCCGAAGACUGGGAACUCAUUUGGCAACCUUGGAACCCCGGAGGUGCUCAUUGUAGAUGCCCGCUCGGCUGAUCGACGUCAAACCCGCAAGACAAAGGCGUGGCAUCCUUCCACGAACCCCACCCGCCUUUUCCAAGACCAACGUCGUCACCCAUCAAUCGGUCAAGCUACCCUGCCUGCCUGCCAACCUGCUUUGAGCCGGUCCUUAGAGGACAACGAUUAUGUACGAGGGUACGAGCAAACCCCUCACAAAUUCUGCAUUGCAUUUUUCAACCCAAAAGAAGGCGAGGGGUCGACGGGGGUGCUGGUCCUAUCAGACAGCAGCCGAGCAAACAGAUCUAUGUGCGUUGUGAAAUCGACUUGGGUUGCAGGCCAGGCCCGGGCAGAUCAUGGUUCAUGGCAGUUGUUACAAUGCAAGCCAUCGUCGUCAAUGGAUACUUCGUACAUAUGUAGUAGUUCGGAGAGCGGCCGCCUAAGCAGGAUGUCCCCGGCGGCCAGGCAUUGACGGUUUGUCGUCUUUGCUGAGCAUCUGGGACCCAUUGUGUGAUGGAGUGCACAAUGUG